ACCCGGCCCCGGCGUCCGGCAGCCUUCUCGCUGCGGCUCGUCACCUCCGGGGUCCCAGCCUCCACGGGCCGGGGCCGCCGCCGCCGCCGCAGGACGGGGAGGCGGGCCAUGGCGUCCUGCGUGGGGAGCCGGACCCUGAGCAAAGAUGAUGUGAACUACAAGAUGCAUUUCCGGAUGAUCAACGAGCAGCAAGUGGAGGACAUCACCAUCGACUUCUUCUACCGGCCGCACACCAUCACUCUGCUCAGCUUCACCAUCGUCAGCCUCAUGUACUUUGCCUUCACCAGGGAUGACUCUGUCCCAGAAGACAACAUCUGGAGGGGUAUCCUCUCCGUAAUUUUCUUCUUUCUUAUCAUCAGUGUACUAGCUUUCCCCAAUGGUUUUUUGGCUGUGAGGCAUGCUCCCCAACCAGGGAUCGAACCCACACUCCCUGCAUUGGAAGGCGAAGUCUUAACCACUGGACCACCAGGUCCGUUUACUCGACCUCAUCCGGCCUUGUGGCGAAUGGUUUUCGGGCUCAGCGUGCUCUACUUCCUGUUCCUGGUGUUCCUGCUCUUCCUGAACUUUGAGCAGGUUAAAUCCCUGAUGUACUGGCUAGAUCCGAACCUUCGAUACGCCACAAGGGAAGCAGAUAUCAUGGAGUAUGCUGUGAACUGCCAUGUUAUCACCUGGGAGAGGAUUAUCAGCCAUUUUGAUAUAUUUGCCUUUGGACAUUUCUGGGGCUGGGCUAUGAAGGCCUUGCUGAUCCGUAGUUAUGGUCUCUGCUGGACAAUCAGUAUUACCUGGGAGCUGACUGAGCUUUUCUUCAUGCAUCUUCUGCCCAAUUUUGCCGAGUGCUGGUGGGACCAAGUCAUCCUGGACAUCCUGCUGUGCAACGGUGGUGGUAUCUGGCUGGGCAUGGUCGUCUGCAGGUUUUUAGAGAUGAGGACUUACCACUGGGCAAGCUUCAAGGACAUCCACACCACCACCGGGAAAAUCAAAAGAGCCGUGCUCCAGUUCACUCCUGCUAGCUGGACCUAUGUUCGGUGGUUUGACCCCAAAUCUUCAUUUCAGAGAGUGGCUGGAAUAUACCUUUUCAUGAUCAUCUGGCAGCUGACCGAGUUGAAUACCUUCUUCCUGAAACAUAUCUUUGUGUUCCAAGCCAGUCAUCCGUUAAGUUGGUGUAGAAUUCUCUUUAUUGGUGGCAUCACGGCUCCCACAGUGAGACAGUACUAUGCUUACCUCACCGACACACAGUGCAAGCGUGUGGGAACACAGUGCUGGGUGUUUGGGGUCAUUGGUUUCCUGGAAGCUAUUGUCUGCAUAAAAUUUGGACAAGAUCUCUUCUCUAAGACCCAAAUCCUCUAUGUUGUGCUUUGGCUUCUUUGUGUGGCGUUCACUACCUUCCUGUGUCUGUACGGCAUGGUUUGGUAUGCAGAGCACUAUGGUCACCGAGAAAAGACCUACUCAGAGUGUGAAGAUGGUACCUACAGCCCUGACAUCUCCUGGCCUCACGGGAAAGGUACAAAAGGUUCUGAAGAUGGCCCACCCAAGCAUCCAGGCAACAGCGAGAGCCAUUCUUCCAGAAGAAGGAAUCGACAUUCCAAGUCAAAAGUCACCAACGGAGUUGGAAAGAAAUGAAGGACCCUGGUUAAUCAAAGAUGUUCCAGGGAGUGCCUCAAACCAGGAGGGGACGGAAUCGGCUGGACCUCCCUGCGGGGAGGUCGAAACGCAUAGCGUGAACGGGAAGGAGUGGGGGCUGGGAGGGGUCAUUAUUUGAGAGCAUAAGUCUUGUUGCCCACAGACCCGGCCACACGGGGCAGACCACUGCUGGGGCUCCUUCGCCACUUGGGUGUCUCUUGUAACUUCAGCACUUGGCACGUGGUCACCGGUAGCAGGACCGUGCUCAAAGGAGAGGGUAGCUAUUUACUCAGUUGCCAGAAGCAGUUCUGUGCUUGCGUGCGUGUGUUGUGGAUGCAGUUUAAACAUCUUCACUCAGGCAGGGCGCCAACCAGACGGCUGACGGACUGGUCACCAGGUUUUAUUUUUCUGAAUCUGCCUUUCCGUUUGACUGACUGGUUUAAGUCCAGGCCACUUACCUGUCUUUUAUUUUGUUGUUUCUUAUUUUUUAUGUCAGGAUGCUUACAAGCCUUCAGAAGCCACCUCUGAGGUCGAAUUGGGGGAGGUUUCUCUUCUUUUUCCUAGAGAAAAAAAGGGGGGGAGAGUUUGUGUUACACUUCAGCAGCCUUCUCCCCUUUUUAGGACCUGAAACUACACAGCGGUGGGUGGAAACCAGGCUGAGGAAAGGUUAGCUACCCACGUAGGAUCCUGGGCUUCAGAUCGGAACCUUUUUGUUCCCUUUCCAAUGUCGCUUGUCCAGACUUAUCCACAGUGCACAGGCGUGGACCUGCCGAGAGGCAGUGCUCACCGCAGCCCCUCCCCCCCAGGUGCCUUUUCCAUUUUGUUUGUUUUCCUUCCGUGGUGUGUUGCUGACAUUGUCUUUUAGUCCCGUGUGAGGUGCUGGUGAGUAUUCCCUUUCAUCCAUCCGUGCCAUGCUCUAGAACAUUGACCCUGAUAGUUCACCACCUCUGAUGGAUCCCUGUUUUAAAUAAAACGGUUCACGUUAAAGCCCAUCAAA